AUGAGAAAUGAAAGGAAGUUCUAUAAUAUCUCCAGCAAUGUGAGCUCUGGAUGGAUUGAGCAGAUUGGGAUUAGGUCUGUAUCUUUUCAGUUGGUCAGUACAGCUUCUCUGGAUUAUGAUGAGGACAAAUAUAUUUACUUCUCCGAUUCCCUCAGCUCUGUGCCAGUUUGCGAGGUAAGCACUCAGGUGGAGGUCUUUGAGGAACCCAGCAUCCUAAAGGAGGUCACUGGAGGAGUUAUUGGAGGACUGCUGAUCAUCUCACUCAUCACAGCUGCCCUCUAUAAGUCUGGCUUUUUCAAAAGAAAGGCCAAGCAACAGAGGAAGGAUCCAUCACAAGAAGCUGAUGAAGUGGAAAAUCUAAAUUAA